AUGUUCUACUCUCAAAUCAUCUUGGCCAAGAAGGGCCCACUGGGCAAAGUAUGGCAAGCGGCGCAUUGGGGCGACAAGAAGAUGAACCGUGUGCAGAUUUUCGGCACCGACAUUGCCGCUUCCGUCGAGAGCAUUGUCCAUCCGCAGGUUCCAUUGGCGCUCCGUGUCAGCGGCCACUUGUUGUUGGGCGUGGUGCGGAUUUACUCUCGUCAAGUCAAGUACUGUCUGACCGAUUGCACCGAAGCCAUGGUCAAGAUCAAAAUGGCCUUUCGCAAUGACGCCAAGAAUGACGGCAAUUCCAACAGUAACAACAACAGCAAUACCAAUACCAAUUCCAUUGAUUUGGUCGUCAUUGGAGAUCCUACCAAACCUGGUGGUGCUACCACUGUCAACAAUUCCAAUUUUGGAGAAUACCAAGAUUUUCUGUUGGAUCCCAAUGCCAUUGUGGUGGACGAUGACGGAGAUGCCACUGGAUUUGCCGUGCCGGUCGAUUUGAAUGAAAUGACGGAACAAGAAUUGGCCGAACGAUGGGUCUUGGCAGAACAGCAGCAUCAGCAACAACAGCAAUCGCAGGGAAAUACGCAAGAGCGCAUGAAUCACGAGUCACAAUCGACGACCACACAACAACAAACGGAAGAGGAUUCUCCCAAUGAAUGGUCUUUUGGAGCUUUUGGUGGUACUGCUCCUACGCAAUCCUCCCAACAACAGCCGGAAGAACAAUGGCAAGAAUUUGACCCGGAAGCCGAAGAUUUGGGACUUCCCAAGGAUGAUGAUGACGAUGACAACAAGCAGGCGCAAAGCGACGAUGAAGAGGACGAGCCCAUGCCCUUGGCGGAUGACGAUGAUGCGGCGCCACCCUUGGCCAUGGAGGACGACGACGAGGAACAACUACCCGAUUCCUCGCGAGUGUCGGAAAUUGAAGUGGCUCGAGCGGCGGAUGAUUCCAUGUUGUCAGAAAACAAUGCCGAGAUCUCCAUUCAAGGAGACGACGCUAGCGUCAUUGGCAAAAAGGAAAAGGCCGCCCCUCCAGCCACACCCGGAGGCAUUACCACUGGUGGUGGCGCGGCCGCCGUGGGGGGAUUGGACGAGUCGCCCGCGGCUCCGGCCCAGCCCAGUGUCUCGGAUGAGGACGAAGAAGAAGAAAAACCAAAAAAGAAGCGCACUCGACAAGAAGGACCCAAGAAACUACGACGCACGCGACGCAAGAUUGUCAUUGACAAUGAUUCCACGGAAUUGGAGGGAGAGCACAUCAAGAAGAUGUUGCGGGAUACGAGUGAUAUUACCUUGCAGAAUGUGGCUCAUCCGGCCGAUUGGAAUGUCGAUGGCAACAACAGCAACGACAACAACACUUUGGAUGCCUCUUUGUCGCAGGCAUCUCCUGGAAACCUCACUCUUGGAACUCAAGAGCAAGAAGCAGCCUCACACUUUUCGGGAUUGGCCACUCUUUCUGCCAUGACCCAGGGAACAGAGGGAAUGCGACCCAAUUCAGCCAAUGGGCGAAUCCUGGAGUUUGGAGAAGGAGAGGACGAUCAUCUGCUUCGUGAUACCUUGCCGUUUGAAGAGCUUUUGAUUCGACCUUCUUUGGGAGAUGAUGGACAGCUGGCUCCAGAAUUGCUGCAGCUGUGGCGCAACAACCUGGCUCAUGUUGAAGGAAAACCCUCUCCAUAUCCCAAACUCGCAGCGAAGGAUGACGCGGAAGAGGAAGAAGAGGAGGAGGAAGUCGAAAAGGCACGGGCCGACAAGGAUCAGGAAUCCAAGGACGACCAGAGCGGAGAAGUCACGGUCGAUGGCAAGCCCAAAGUUCCUGCAGAGGUCGGCGGUGAGGACAUGCAACAACAAGAAGAGGAUGACGAGCCGAUGCCUUUGCCGAACGACGACGAUGAGCCACCCAAACCCAUGCCUGACGAUGAUGUCCAGAACGAUGAAGAAGGUGACAUGGGAAUCCAUGGCGAGGAUGCGCCUCCUUUGCCCUUUGACGACGAAGAGGAGGAAGAAGCGCAACAGGAAGAGCAGCAGGACGCCAAGUCGACAGCAACCAAGGAGGCGGACGACGAAUCGAGCCGUUCCAGCGAGGAAGAAAAGGCCCAACAGGAAGGAGAGAACGAAUACGGUUUGGGAACCUGGGGACUCGUCAAUGAUGCGUUGGGUGGCAAGGGCGUUGAUGACGAAGACGACGAUGAGGACCGCGAGGAAGACAUGCGCCAGGCAGCCGGAACCGAAUUGGUAUCGAGCAACUCCAAGUGGCACAAGCACACGGUCCGUGUCCUACAGCUUCUCCAGCGAACCAUGGGAGACAAGGGCGGCACCAAGACUUCCAGCGGUGAAGACAAAAAGGACCAUCUUGUCUUUGGAGAUUUGAGCAAGAACUGUUCUCGCCGAACUGCUGCUGGAGUCUUUUUCGAAAUCUUGCAACUCAAAACUUGGGACUUUGUGGAAGUGGAUCAAGAUGAAGCCUAUGGAGACAUCCGACUUUUGCCUGGAAACCGCUUUUCGGAGGAUGCUCCAGCAUCAAGCUGA